UGCCUGGAUGGGGUUGACUACGACGACUUCAAUUUCAGCUCCCACAUGAUGGAGCAGAAGGAGCCCCUGAUGCAUACAGUGGAAGGUCCCUACCUUGUCAUCAUCGAGCAGCCAAAGCAGCGGGGGUUCCGGUUUCGGUACGGCUGCGAGGGCCCUUCGCAUGGGGGGCUGCCGGGAGCAUCCAGCGAGAAGGGGCGCAAGACCUAUCCCACUGUCAAGAUCUGCAACUACACAGGGAUGGCCCGGAUUGAGGUGGACCUGGUGACGCACAGUGACCCUCCCCGUGUGCAUGCCCACAGCCUGGUGGGCAAGCAGUGCAAUGAGGCUGGCAACUGCAUUGCGAUCGUGGGCCCCAAGGACAUGACGGCUCAGUUCAGCAACCUGGGUGUGCUCCACGUCACCAAGAAGAACAUGAUGGAGAUCAUGAAGGAAAAGCUGAAGCAGCAGAAGAUGCGUAACAGGAGCCAUCUGCUGACGGAAGCAGAGCUGCAUGAGAUCGAGCUGGAGGCAAAGGAGCUGAAGAAGGUGAUGGACCUGAGCAUCGUGCGGUUGCGAUUCACUGCCUACCUCCGCGACAGCAGCGGGAACUUCACGCUGGCCCUCCAGCCUGUCAUCUCGGACCCCAUCCAUGACAGCAGUGAGCGUGGGGCGAGGCUGGGGAGGGGACGAGGCAGGAUGGGGUACGGAGAGUCUCCAGGAGCUUCCAACCUGAAGAUCUCACGGAUGGAUAAGACGGCAGGCUCGGUGCGGGGAGGAGACGAGGUCUACUUGCUCUGUGAUAAAGUUCAGAAAGAUGACAUCGAGGUGCGUUUCUACGAGGAUGACGAGAACGGCUG